AUGUAUUUUCGUGUUAGUCACGAUUUCUUCAUGUCUAUCUAUCUAUCUAUCUAUCUAUCUAUCUAUCUUAGUCUUUUGAUGCCUAUCCCUUUACCACCUUCUUUCAUACAUGUCGAAUUUAACAAUUACAAUUCAAGCAAAUCUAUCUAUCUAUCUAUCUAUCUAUCUAUCUAUCUAUCUAUCUCAUCAGUUGAUUAUCUAUAUAUUUAUCUAUCUCAGUUCAUUAUCUAUCUAUCUAUCUAUCUAUCUAUCUAUCUAUCUAUCUAUCUAUCUAUCUUUCUUUAUGUAUCUAUCUCAGUUCGUUAUCUAUCUAUCUAUCUAUUUAUCUAUCUAAAAGACAAUCUAUCUUUAAUUAAGACUAUUUUCUAUCUACUGUUAUCUAUCUAUCUGAACAUUCAUUAUCUAUCUAUCUAUCUAUCUACUAUCUAUCUAUCUGAGACAGUUCAUUAUCUAUCUAUCUAUCUGAUAUAUCUAUCUAUCUAUCUAUCUGAGACAGUUCCUUAUCUAUCUAUCUAUCUAUCUAGUCAUAUCUAUCUAUCUAUCUAUCUGAGACAACAUUCAUUAUCUAUCUAUCUAUCUAUCUAUCUAUCUAUCUAUCUAUCUAUCUAUCUAUCUAUCUAUCUGCCUUCUAGGUAUCUAUUUGAGUUCAAAACUAUCUAUCUAUCUAUGGCAGUUCGUAUCUUCUAUCUAUCUAUCUAUCUAUCUAUCUAUCUAUCUAUCUUCAUCCCUGCCGUGCACCAACGAAUUAGUGUCUGUUUAUAUCUAUCUAUCUAUCUAUCUAUCUAUCUAUCUAAUUCUGUUCAUAUUUACCUCAUUCUGUCCAUGUCUCUCUAUCUACAUCUGUCCAUAUCUAUCUAUCUAUCUAUCUAUCUAUCUAUUUUUCCUUUUCUUUCUUUUUAUUGCUCGACAUAUCUGUCCUUAUAG